AUGCCGGCCGUGCCGGGAAAGAGCCGCUGGGCGGGGGCCUGGCCCUGCCUCCCCACCGCCGCCUGCCUCACCGGGCUGCUGUCCCUGCUGGUGUCCGGGCCCGGCCUGCUGCACAGGGCAGGGGCCGCCGGGCCGCCUACACCCUCCGCGUGCUCGCUGCGGCCCGGGCCGGUGCGGGAUGGGGAAGUUCACAGACUGGUGACCUAUAUCUUUGUCUAUGAAGAUCUGAUAUCCCUGGUAUGCAGUGGCGUUAUCAUCUGGUACUUUGCUGGCAGCUUUGAGAAGAACGUAGGCACAGUGAAGCAUUGCUUCGUCACCUUGGCCUUCGCCAUUUCUUCGGCCCUUUUGUAUCUCUUAUUUGAGGCUGUCAUCUCUGGGGUGUCAGAGGUGGAAGAUGCCAAAGGAUUUACACCAGUUGCUUUUGCCAUGUUGGCAGUGUCCACCACGCGUUCACGGAUGAGAAGGGCACCACUUUUGGGGGUUAACGUUCCCAUGGUGCUGGUGCCCUGGUUAAUGCUCUGCGUGGCAUGGUUUAUUCCCCACUCCUCUCUCCUGAGUAACGUAUGUGGCCUCAUAGUUGGGAAAGCCUAUGGUCUUGGCUAUUGCUUCUGUUUGGAUCUCCCGGAGUCGGUGGUAUCUAAGCUGGAUCAGAAGUUCCCUUUCAGCCUGCUGAAGAGAAUACCAGGGCUGAAGUAUAUUCCAGGGUCUUUAGCAGAGAGAAGAGCCUCCCAGAGUAGGAAGAUUAAUCCAGUGCCAGGCUCAUACCCCACCCAGAGCUACUAUUGCUCUUCACCUCCAGCGCUUCCUGUGGUUCAGAUGCAGCACUCCAGUGCCCAGAGCCUGGGAUCCUGGCCCAACUGCACACCAGCGCACAUCCAUGGUUCCCCCCCAUACCAAACCAACCCUGCCUUUGGGAAAUUCUAUGUGCAGAGCCACUUCGGUGCCUCACCUGGACACUGCUGCCAACCAGCUGAUCCCCACUCCCCGCAAGGUGCAUGUCUGCCUGAUUCUCAGAUACCCACGGGGAUGGAGAACUUGGAGGCCAAGUUUCAGUACGCAUCAGGUUCCCCCGCAGAGAAAGUACCAGCUGAGCUUUCAGGAGUCCAGAUACACUGAUCAUCCAAAGAGGAGCAGGACCCUUCUCCUCUCGCCGGCCAUUGUGUGAACAGCCUGCAGUGGAGUGCUGCUGAGAAAGGAGACUGCUUCAGAAGGAUUUAACUGAUGGUGCCUGGGAUGACUGGGGUCAAAUCGGACCGUCAACCACAGCCCCUGAGUUUUCUGUCCCACUGCAGACUGCUUAUAGACAUUUUUUCAAGGUUCCGGUUCUUUUAUUUAUUUUCCUUUUUAAUUUUGAUACAUUUUUUAUCUUGGCUGAAGGCUGUGA